UUUAUACAUGUAUAUAAUCCCGGAGCUGACCCAGAAAAGUAACUCUGGUGACGGAUUCUUGCUCGCCUCACAGUGCACUAGAGAGCACCGAUCGUUUUAAUUCGAUGAAAUACAUGUAUUUGGCGCAUCGCCUUUGGAAGUAAAGACGGAGAUCCAAUAGCAGAAAGAGAACGAGAGAACUUCAGAGCAGGGCCAUUUAGCUGGGUGACAGAGAAACCAUGGCAGACCACAUGAUGAUGCCCAUGUCCCACGGCCCUGCGACGGCCCUCCACGGCUACAGGAUGGGGGGAAUGGGUGGCCCUCCACAGCACGCCGUGCCGCAACCCGGCCUUCGCACUCUUCCCAACGGCCAGGUCAUGCACUACGGCCGGGUGCCGCAGACCUCCAUGGAGGCCGCCAUGAGGCAGCGGCCCGGUCUGGGGAUGGUGGGGCCGGCUGGGAUGAGCGGUCAGGUGAAUGGCCAGGUCAACGGAGCACAGAUGGGAGGACACCACCACCAGAUGAACCAGAUGAUGUAUAACCAACAGCAUCAACAACAACAGCCACAUCAGCAACAACAGCAGCACCACCACAUGCAGCAGCAGCACCCCCAGUCUCAACCCCAGCACCCCCAGCAACAGUACCACCCCAGUGGGCUCACCUCCCAGCAGCUCAUGGCCUCCAUGCACCUCCAGAAACUCAACACCCAGUACCACGGACAUCCACUGGGGCCGGUCCAGGGCCAUCACCUGGCCAACGGGGCCCAGUACAGAGUAGGGCCAGGCCAGCUGGCCAGCAUGCAGCACAUGGGUCAGGGUGGGCCAGGUAUGGUGCUGGGACAGAAUAUGGACAUAGACCUGAUAGAUGAGGAGGUUCUGACAGCGCUGGUGUUGGAGCUGGGUCUGGACCGGGUUCAGGAGCUCCCAGAACUGUUCCUGUGUCAGAACGAGUUUGACUUCAUCCCUGACUUUGUUAAUAUGAAACAGCAGCCGAGCACCGUGAGCUGCUGAGAGAUACACAACAGUCAGACGAAGAAAGACGCUGUAAAAACAGGCUGGCGCCCAGAGAAAGACUGAACCACAGACUAGACUAGCCACAGCAGCACAGACAAGAGGAGACAAACUGACUAUUGUUUCUGUUCUCUCUGUGUGAGUUUAGGCUAUCUAUCUGUGACCAUGUAUAGUAGAUCUACAGAACACACUGACCUACCUGUGAAUAGUAGGCCUACCUGUUGGUUUAAGAUUAAUUGUAAGGACAGAAAGAGAGGAGAGGAAACAAAAGCUUCCUCUGCAUCAGGCUGGCCAGCAUCAGUGUCUGUGAGAGCUGAGCUCAGUCAGCCCGGCCACAGGGUGGCGCUCUCUCUGGCGCAGUGGCCUCUGUCGAUUCUGUACUGCCUACCGUUCUGCCUCUGGGCUGCCACCCAUGCCCUAGUGUCAAUAUGUGUGCUGAGGCCUGAGGGAUGAAUGUAGACUCAUUCAGCAGGACAGGAAGACGAGACAGACAAGCUGAGACAAUACAAAGACUAGCUUCACCUGAGACUACUAGAUUUGAUCUAUGGCUUUUAUAAAUUUAUUUAUUUAUGAAUUUACCCAACCAAGUAGCUAGUGGACAUUUGACAAAUUGAGUUGUUAAAGAAGUUGGUCGUCUGAUUAUGAAUUAGGCUGUUGGGGGGGAAAGAGUUGUUCAAAAAGAUGCCUAACUUUAUUGUGUGUAUGUUGAAGGCUGGUUCUUCAAAACAGGUUUGGAGGAUUCCUUCCUCGUUACCUUAACAUUUCCUUUAGUAAGAGCCUGAGAGAGAGAAUGGGCCAAUGGGUUUAGAUUUUCUUGGGUGGUGGGGGUUUAUUAGUCUCUGAUUAGUUAGGAAUUAACUGUGUUACCCUGGCGAUCUGGUUCCUCUCCCUGACAUAAUCUGAUCAUAUAAUCAGAACAACAUUAUAAUUAUCAUUAAAACGUACAUUUCCUUGAAUCUUACAUGUCCGCAGUUUCUCUAUUUCCUACUGCUGAAUUAAAUCGGAUCAAAUCACUGGCGAAGUAGUGCGGCACAUACAGAGUAGUAUCUCUAUAGCAAGAGAACAGAAAACACACCCUGCAUGUCUUGAAAUAUUCCUCUGAACACUGAGGGCCAGCUUCUACCUUCAAACAGCUAGAUGCUCUAGUUCAGUAGAGUCUCAAUGGCUACUUUACACUGUACUUCUACUGGUGGACCUUGGGGCAAGGGAAUACACUGAAUAGUAUUUAAGGAACAACACACAUAACAUAACAGCGGGCUAUUUACUCUCCCUACAGUAUCUGUGAGUGUGGCACAGAAGGUAAGGCAGGGGGAAAACCAGAACCUCUCUCAGUCGCAGGUCAUUCUGAGUCAUAGAACUCACUUUAGACUUUGAACAGCACUGACAGUUAAAAGACGUAAACACAAAGUGUUGGAUUGUGAGAAGUAUAGAAACCUAGUGCUCUAUCUGGGGUGAAUCCUAACUUCCACCAAAUUUUUACUUAGUCAUGCAUUGAUAUCAAUGGGUGACCAAGUGAACAUUUGACUUUAGUAGGAGUCUGUGAACGUCUUGAGUGUGUAAGCCUGCCAGGUAAUUCUUGAGGGUAGUGACUGAGUUUGGUCCUCUGACCUAACCUUGGCCAAUGUGCUGACUGGGUAUGAAGACCUGGACAGUGGAGGCUGCUUCAACUUCCUUGAACUGUGGACAGCGUUCAUUAGUCCAUUCUGUGGACACAGCAUAGUGCUAGGCACUACUCCAGCAGUACUUGGUUGGUUUAAUCAUUGUUUAAAGCUGCCUCUCUUUACCUGUGGCAUUGAUUUCAUUACCAAAGGUCCAAACCCAACAGUGCAGAGCAACACACACACAGACACGCACACAUACACGCCCGCACACAUACACGCCCGCACACACAGGUUGGUUGCUGUUUCCAUAGAUUAGCUUACUCAACUGGUUCUCUCCUGAUUAGAUUUAAAUCACCCGUUCACACACACUUGUCUUAAUUGAGGUCAUCCAGCAUCCCAGCCCCAAUAACUUGGUAAUUAGAAAACUUGGCACUCAAAGGUAGUGUGCACUAUAUAGGGAACAGGGUGCCAUUUUGGAGGUACCCUUGGUAAUUAGAAAAUGUUCUAUUUCUGUGGUGGUGCAGUGUUUUUCCCCCCUGCCCACUGUGCAUAAUGAGGUUUUGGCAAGGUUACUGCUUUGCUCCAGUGACUAGUACGAGAACUUCCUGUCCUGUUCUGUUGUUGAGCUAUUUGUGGAGAUGUCAGAACAGAGAGGUUGGAGAGCAGUGAGGUUGAAGAGAGGAUUGGGGGAAGGGGAAAGCUUCCCUCUGUAAUGCAUUGUGGUAAUCUGUUCCAAUACCAGAGCUACACUCACUGGUGUCUCAGCUCUUUUUCUAGCCUGGAAUCUAAAGGGAAUAUCUCUCUAUUUCACUAUAGCUUCACUUCACUGUACUUCCCUUCACUUCAUUAUAGGUUCACUUCACUAUUUGCACAAAGUGCAAAUAUUCAGUUUGGAUUCCAGGCUACUCUUAGCCCUGUCUUGCCCCUGGAGACCUGCCAUUUUGCAGAGCUCUAAGCACAAACAUACAAUGGACAACAGAAAGUACACUCAUCAUUGCAAAGGCCGAAACCCAACCAUAUCGGGUCAUUUCCUGUGGUCGGGUUAUCUGUUACCAGUCUAUUUAUGUAUAACUUGGAUUUAGAUUUGGGACCAGGCUAUUUAGGGCAGUUUCACAACCCCUUAUAAAAAAAUAAUCUAUUACAAUCUGAAAAUUAUAUUUGUAUUUGUCUUUUAAGCCUUAGAGAGGGUGUAGCCUCUCAAAGUCAUUUGAUUACAGCUAUAUCAAUAAUAUUUCAGACUUCUAAUGUAUGGUGUCUUUGUACUGUAGAAUAUAGGUAAAGUUGACAUAAUUAAGGUACUUUUCAAAAAACAUUGUCAGAUGUAAUUGUUGAAUGGCUGAUGGCUGAUGUUGAUGUGUUGAAUGACAAGAGAUUACAGUUUAUCAUCCAUUUGACAAACAGGAGUGUUGAUAUAAAUAGGUUGCCUGGUAAAACCAGACUUAAUGCUGGGCUAACCAUUAAGUGCAGCAUUCAGUCUGGAUUACCCAGGCUAACAAACAGUCUCAUUAUAUCAAGGGUUUGGGUACAGGACAGGCCUGAAGCUUUAAGACCUAGUAGAUUGCAUGUGAACAUUGUGAAAAGAGAUGUGAUGUUACCACUUUCCCCCACUUCCGCUGAGAAUGUACAGCAGAACGGAAUGCAUUGUGGGAAGUGAAGUCUUAAAAUGGUGGAUACAUUUGUGAGAUUGUAUUGUAAAAUCCUUGUUCCAAAUUGCACCACUUCAUUUGGGGUUAACCCCCCAACUCCCAACCCCCAAAGGUUUUUUUAAUGUUAUUGAUUCUAUUUUAAGAAAAUGUAUUUAUUUUCAACAACAAUAAAAUAUUUAUUUAAAGAA